GCCUUUUGAACUGUCUGGUUUGGCAUUUCUUUAUUCUUAUUGCUAUUAAAUACAUGUGUUAAUUAACUGUGAACCAAUUUUUACCCGUUCUAUUUCUUGGCAUAUCACUGGUGAUAAUGUUAUGACUUUUUUAACAUUUAGCAGCAAAUUUUCUCCAGGUUAAGUAUGGGUGUGGCACAAAAUGCUAUUGAAAUGGAGGAAGGAACCCUGGAAGUUGGAAUGGAAUAUAGGACUGUCUCUGGUGUUGCUGGACCACUGGUUAUCCUCGACAAAGUUAAGGGACCUAAGUACCAGGAAAUUGUUAAUAUUCGUUUGGGAGAUGGAACAACUCGACGUGGGCAAGUUCUGGAAGUUGAUGGGGAAAAAGCUGUUGUUCAGGUUUUUGAAGGAACAUCUGGAAUUGACAACAAAUACACAACUGUGCAGUUUACUGGGGAGGUUCUGAAGACACCGGUCUCACUGGAUAUGCUAGGACGCGUAUUUAAUGGUUCUGGAAAGCCAAUAGACAAUGGCCCUCCUAUUUUACCCGAGGCUUACAGGGAUAUUUCUGGGAGUUCUAUCAACCCCAGUGAGAGAACAUAUCCUGAAGAGAUGAUACAGACAGGAAUUUCAACAAUUGACGUCAUGAAUUCAAUUGCUAGAGGGCAGAAAAUUCCUCUUUUCUCUGCUGCCGGUCUUCCUCAUAAUGAAAUCGCAGCUCAGAUCUGCCGACAAGCUGGUCUAGUGAAGAGGUUGGAGAAAUCUGAAGAUCUUCUUGAGGAUAGUGGAGAGGACAACUUUGCCAUAGUCUUUGCAGCUAUGGGAGUCAACAUGGAAACUGCACAAUUUUUCAAACGUGAUUUUGAGGAAAACGGUUCCAUGGAAAGAGUGACGCUUUUCUUAAACCUGGCAAAUGAUCCUACCAUAGAACGCAUCAUAACUCCCAGGAUUGCUUUGACAACUGCAGAAUACCUAGCAUACGAAUGUGGGAAGCAUGUUCUUGUCAUUUUAACUGAUAUGAGUUCAUAUGCUGAUGCUCUGCGUGAGGUAUCUGCUGCCCGAGAAGAAGUGCCUGGAAGGCGUGGAUAUCCUGGUUAUAUGUAUACCGAUCUGGCAACGGUCUAUGAACGAGCUGGGCGUAUUGAGGGACGGACGGGUUCCAUCACGCAAAUUCCAAUUCUAACCAUGCCAAAUGAUGAUAUUACACAUCCUACUCCAGAUCUUACAGGUUAUAUCACUGAAGGACAAAUAUAUAUAGACCGACAGCUUCAUAACCGACAGAUAUAUCCUCCGAUCAAUGUACUUCCGUCUUUAUCUCGGCUGAUGAAGAGUGCCAUUGGUGAGGGUAUGACUAGGAGGGAUCAUGCUGAUGUAUCCAACCAGUUGUAUGCAAAUUAUGCCAUUGGAAAAGAUGUCCAGGCAAUGAAAGCUGUGGUUGGAGAAGAAGCACUUUCUUCUGAGGACUUGCUUUACUUGGAAUUCCUUGACAAAUUUGAGAGGAAGUUCGUCUCUCAAGGAGCUUAUGACACCCGCAAUAUUUUCCAGUCGCUGGAUUUAGCUUGGACACUUCUUCGUAUCUUCCCCCGUGAGCUUUUGCAUCGUAUCCCAGCAAAGACCUUGGAUCAGUAUUACAGCCGUGAUGCAUUUAAUUGACAGGAAGGAGCCUGCUUUAUACUUUAGUCUCAUGUGCUAUCCCUUGGUGCAAUAGUUGGCUCACGAACUUUUCCUCUUUGUGCAUCUACUUUCAGCUCAACAGUCAAUGAGUUCCCAAAACACAGGUUCUCCGGCAUUUAGAAGUCAAUGCGAUUCCUUUGAGAACUGGUUACAUCUUGUAAUUUAUCACCUGUUGUGUUCUGUGACACAUGGUGCAUGGUAUUGGUUUUGUUUGAAUUUCAGUAACAUUAGGGGCUUAUAGGUUUUAUAUAAAGUCCUUUUAUGAAUGAUGCAUAUUUUUUUUUUCACAGACUUUAAGCUGAUUCUUUUUGAAUAAAACGUCCUUAUUAUAUCA